GCGUGGUACAUUUCCUCAUGAGGGUGUAUCUUCGGCAACAAUCACGUCGAUGUCCGUGAUAAUUGCUGUUGUUCUUGUUCUUCCUAUUUACAUUGUGGGCAGGGGCCGAUCGAAGUAGGUGGGGACGGCCUGGGUGGUUGCCCCACCUUAACCGGCCGUGAUGACUAAGCCGGUUGUCCCACUUCGCCCAGGGCAGGCGCCAGCCAGCCCACGAUACCUGCCCAUUGCUCCUUAUCACCCUUGCCGUUCCGACAGUUAUAUUUCGAGCUCUAUGAAAUUGUCUCAACUUGAAUGGAACCAGCCUAGUGCUUAUACGAGGGAAAGUAUGAGAAUGUCUCGCGAUGUUGAAGUCCAAUACGUGCCCCUACCUUUUCCAGUUGGCGAGGCCGGAUGGGUUGGGGUCUUGGAGGAGGGAGGCCUUGUGGUUGAGGUCUGGAGAUCCGACCUACUCGAUAUGGAAACCAAGGUCCAGGAGGCGCACGGCGCGUCCAUCUUCAACGGUACUGUCGAUGUUGAAGGCAUUCCCGCCACCCCUGAGGUUACCACAGCCUUCUACAACGAAGCCCAGAACCGUCAAAACGCAAAGCGAUCCCUUGAGAAGAGAAUACGUUACACAUUCCAUGCUCCCCAUUGCUUCGAGAAAUGGGGUAAAGUAGAUGGCUUCCAGGUCAACACUGGCGUGAACAAUUUGCGCGCCGUCAACGGAGGUUGCAAGGUCAGAGCCCGCCAGUGUAUUCGCACUCAGUGUGUCGGUGAAGCAGCAAUCGCUCUUUGCAACGACAACUAUUACGAUCUCGAGGUCUCAUGCGGUCACGUUGCCGAUCUUGCGCAGGCUAUCGCCCACGACUGCAUCUGGGUGGACAUCUGCUUUGACCCAAAGCAGCCAGCCCAUACUUGCAAGACGUGGUCCGCUGGCCAGAACUUUGACGGCAGCCACAACGUGAUUGUAGGCAACUGUGGUGCUGUCAGCUCUAGUGGCCAGCCUGUCAAGGCUUAGAGAUUCUGUGAGAGCCAUCAUGCCAUAGCAGAUUACCUCAGUACACGAGCUUCACUAGCAAACGUUUCAAGCCUGUAGAAUAUUCUUUCCAGCCGCUUUGAUCCUUUCUUAAAUACCUAGAUACAUCACCGCAAAAGUACGAUAUAGAGAAACAUCUACUGUUUGCAGACCCAACAAGUAAGGUACUC